GUUAUCUGCUCGACACCAAAGUGUUAAACAGGAUGGCAAAACCUACAAAUGAGAAAAAAAGUGACACGCUGAAAAAAUUGAAUAGAAUCGAGGAAAUGAAGUUUUAACCGGAAUUGUGAGUUUUUCCCCUAUAAAAACAACCUUUAAAAUGAGACGCAUUCAGUUUAGCUUUAGAGAGUAUGAGAUGAAUACCUUCAACAGCAAUGUUCUCUUGGGAAAUGGCAUUUUCCUUCUGGUCAUUGCCAUUGCCACUUGUCUAACAAAUGGGACUCUCUUGGUCACAAUAUACCGAAAUCCCCUUCGCUGUUUCAGGACAACAAGUGGGGUACUGAUUGCUGCUUUAGGAGUGACUAAUAUCAUGACCGGGGUCGUAACUGCCUCUAAUGUGGGAAUUUCCAACAUCUUGAAUUCCCAAGGAUUACAUUCCUAUCACAUUAGAGGGUUUCUCCAAGAAGACCUCGUUUCYCAGUUCACAGUGAGAUGUGGAAUCUUUUGCAUCACUGCUAUGUCGUUUGAGCGGCUCAUCGCUGUGAAGUUCCCUUGCUUCUACCGAGACCACAUCACAACGAAAGUGACCAAAGGCGUUGCUUACCUUAUYUGCCUCGUCGUGCUCUUAAUCAGURUAAUAGAAGUAGUAAUCGGCCCUGUCCCGGCGUUUAACGAAGUUGCUCUUCAUGGCCUCUUCGUCACUCCAUUUGCCCUCAUCACUCUCAACUUCAUCGCCACAUACGCUACGAUAAAACUUCACUAUUACAUCGUGAAAAAGACCGUAUUCCCGUUAAACAGCGAAAGAACGCAAUGUAUGCGGUGUCUAAAGAAAGAAGCAGAUCUCUUUGGCACGACAGGUCUUGUUUUUGGCGGAUUUGUAAUCUCUUGUUGUCCAUGGUUGGUCGUUCUUGCCAUAACAACAUACUGGCCGUUGUACACAAAGGAAAGUUGGUAUUUUGUUCUGCAAAGGUCAAGUUAUCCCUUCCUAUACUUUAACACAGCCAUCAAUCCUGUUAUUUAUGCUUGCCGUAUCCGUAAAUACCGCACAUCCAUACUAAAGGCUAUCUUGGGAAGGAGGCUGUCCACAAAGAAGCCCAAAGUCGCAUGGCUCAACAAGUCAAUGAAAAAGUACUUCAAAAACAACUGAAAUGAACUGAUUGCUUUAGCAGAUAACUAUGAUAUUAGUUUAUGCUACGAUACAACACUUUAUUACCGUUUGUCAGUGCACAUAUUUUAGUAGUAGCAAAAGUUGUGCAGUAUAAAACCAUGCUUUCACAUUAAAACUGAAGUUGCAGUAGGUUAAGUUUCGUUUUUUUUUUCUUGCAAUACAGGUUGUUACACACUAUAUAAAG